GUCAGCUCGCUCAGCUGAACUCCACCUCCUCCUCCACAAGGACUCUAAUCGCCUUUAGUACCUUCAUCAAGAGAAACACAGGCGAGCUGUAGCGAGAAGACAGUUCGCGGCAUUUUGUCUGUUUUAAGGUGGUGUGACUGAACAAAAGAACUUAUUUCGGAGCGUUUGUGACUCGUUCGGCCGUGAGAGUGAGGCAAGGCGGACUUUUAGUCGGAGCUACAGUUACAGUUACCUGACUGGACUGCGAUGUCAAGCCUACAGCAGAGCGAGCGAGCACGGCUAGGCUAACUAUCACCGGACGUCAAGAAAGGCCUGUGCGCUAAGCUGAUUUACGGUCGAUCCUCUGCCCACGCGCGGCUCUGAAGUUCCCAUUUCCAGGCGGGCUCCGGGCAGUUUGUGCGGGACUGUGAGAGAAAACGAGGCUGAACUCGGUGACCAAGCGAGAGUGAACAGCGCUGGAGACCCCAUCGCCUCUUUUUUUCUUUCCCGACCGCGAGAGAACUUCUCCCGAUAAAUGGGAGUUUGGUCCGUUCCUCAGUUAAUAACUGAACCUGAAGUUCGCCCUCUACCACAUCCACCACUGUGAAUAGUUGAGGUUUCGGAAAAGAGAGGCUAUGAUGACUUUGGCGUUGGUGUUUGCUCUAAUGACUGCCCUCCUGGUGCCAGUUGCCAGUGGUCAGAUGGUGAAGAUGGACAGUGACAGGUCAGGCUAUGUGGGCUCACAGGUGGAGCUACGCUGCGAGUUUGUCAACAGUAACCCACCUGUAAAGAUCUCCCAGGUCACUUGGCAGAAGUUUGUCAAUGGAACCAAGCAGAACGUUGCCAUUGCCAACCCUGCCCUGGGUGUGUCUGUGCUGGCGCCUUUCAAAGAGCGUGUGAGAUUCAAGAACCCAGCAGUGCGCCAAAGAACGCCUUCCCUGGAGGACACCACUAUCAUCUUCAAUAACCUAAGACUGUCUGAUGAGGCUGCGUACAUCUGCGAGUACACCACCUUCCCUGCUGGUAACAGAGAGAGCAUGGUCAACCUCACUGUUUAUGCUCGACCAAUGGUCCAGAUGAGUCUGUCCACACCAACAAUAGUAGCAGGAUCUAAAGACCUGAAGAUGACUGUGGCCACAUGUAUCUCAGCCAAUGGGAAGCCACCCAGUGUGAUCACAUGGGACACUGAGUUAAAUGGGGAAGCGAACACUGAGGAGAUUCGUAAUACUGAUGGAACAAUUACAGUGCGUAGUGACUACAUAGUGGUGCCUAGUCGAGAAACGCAUCAGCAGCGGCUCACCUGUAUCUCCACCUACAAUGAUGAACAGUACACAGACAGCGUUUCCCUAAACAUACAAUAUGAGCCAGAGGUCAUCAUUGAGGGCUUUGAUGGAAACUGGUACAUAAACCGAGACAACGUUCAGCUCACCUGCCUCGCUGAUGCUAACCCCGCCAUCUCUUUGUUUCAGUGGAGAUAUCUGAAUGGCUCCAUGCCAAAUUCAGUGGAGCUCCGUGAUGAUACAUUGAUCUUCAAAGGUCCUGUAACUUAUGAGAUAGCAGGCACAUAUGUCUGUGAUGCCACCAACAGCAUUGGAACAGGCUCAGCAUCAGUAGAAGUCACUGUAUCAGAAUUCUCUAGCUUCUCCCAUGACAUGUCUCAGGAGCAGCAGCGAGCUGGCGCUGCCAUUGGUGGAGCUGUUGUGUGUGGCACAGUUCUCCUGGCAGCCAUCACACUGCUGGCAGUCUUCUUCCAUCGCCAGAGACGCACUUUCAAAGGAGAUUACAGUACCAAGAAACAGGUCUUGGGAAAUGGUUUUGGAAAAGCUGGCAGCCUUCCUCCAUGCCCCUCUUUUCCUCAGAGCUUGAACUAUACUGAGGACUCAAACGAUGAGAAGAAGCCAGAAGUUUAUGGGGGUGAAAGUGUUCAGGAGUUCCAUGGUUACCCUGACAACAGGAUGAAAGCCUACAGCACGGUGGAGGAUAGUCAGAGAUGCAGAUAUGAUGAACAGAGUUAUCUUUAUGACUAUGGAUCUGAAGUGGAGAUCUCUGUGGAUAUGGUUCCUCAGAUGGACGGUUCUGUUAUCUCCAAAGAAGAGUGGUAUGUGUGAGAAGAAUGACCUGCAUCUACCUACCACCUUUAGAGCACUGUUCCAGAACUCCUGUCCUGCUCCCUCUACCCCUGCUGGUGACUUUAAUUGAAAUCUGACCAAAUUUGGGUAAGAUUUACUUACAGUAAUUGCCGGAGUUAAAAUGCACCUAUUGAACUCCAGAAUAAAGGACUCUGAUCAGCAGUGGAGGAAUAUUUGAACCGGCCAGGGGCCUUGUUUCACAUCUGGCAGACUCUAAAGGUUUUAGUAAAUUAGACUCCUUUUGGGACAUUACGAUUACAUACUGUUGGUAGAUAAUAGAGCUGGUGAUGGAUAGACCUUACAAGCACUUUCUUUACUGUGAAAAUCUUGCACUGUUGCUAUUGUUGUUUGCAUGGGUUGUAAAUGUUGUAUCAGAUAAUGAUGGUGUUGUUUUUGUAACAGCAGAGUAAGCUUUUUAAUCUUUAACAUGAAAUCCUUUUCAAAGGACACAAAGAGGCAGCUCUGAUUCAGAGAAAUACAGAGAGCUAACAAUCAACAAUAAGUUCAAGAAUACGAAAGGGGUCAUUGGGUAAAAACAAAGGAAAACAUUCACCAUACAUUCAUACACAUUCCAUAGCAAGUUACAGGAGCAGACAAUGGUGUAUAAAAAACAGCAGAUGCUUGUAAUUCUAGGUACAAUAUUGUAGAUGUUGUGUACCCAGUAGUUAAAGCUAAGUUCCUAAAAUCAGUUAGAUAUGAGAGUGUGGUGAGAGUUUAAUGAAAGUAUAGUGUGCACAAGCUAUGAUGAGCUAGAUUUAGUAAGGAUGGAUAUAGAAGCCAUUACUUUUCCAAAACAUACAUGUCUUGCAUUGUGUAAUACUAAUGGCCAAGUGAAUAACAGUAAUAGCUAGAGCAGUUUUGAAUCUCAGGCCUUGUGCAUGUUGAAGUGAUGCAAGGAUAAAGUGAAAUGUGGCAGAUAUUGCUGUCUAUUAAGAAAAUGUCCAGCAUUUGGAAACAUUUGGUAGCAGAUAGGCUUGUAGGACAAAGCGUGAUCACGUAAUGAGAAUAAAUGUCUUGGGAUGACUUAUACAAACUUUUGGUUUGGAAUCCACCACUAACCAGAGUACCCCCACCUCCUCUAAAACCCGCCCCCAAAUUCCUUUAGGCUGUGCUCUUUUAAUGUCUUUUAACAUGCACAGUUCUAUUGUUAGCCAACAGGACUGUAUUUCACUUGCAAGAUGUGUAUUUUUACAGCAUGUAAUGUGUUCUCUGCACUUGCGACACAUCAGUAUGCCUAUAUGGAGGUUUUUGAUGGGGAUUUUCAGUCAUAGUGACGUGAAUUCUGACUAAUUUUGAUUUUUGUAUAUCCACAGAGGUUCAUGAACAGAUAUCCAGUUAACCACAGGGAAGGAAAAAAAACAACAGCAAAAAAAAGUACUUUGGACAAAAAUAAUAGUAGGGCUGUGGGUUCACCUUAUUAGGUGUCAGCAUUGGUGUUGCACAGAAAUGUAGCAGUAUUCAGAAGAACUUGCUUUAUUAUUAAGGGGACCCUGACCACUUUUUAUUUCUCCCAAUAUAUGAAAAAUAGACUGCAAAACAUGAGCGAGUCCUCAGUGACUGGGGUUGAAUGGCGCUAAAUGCCUGAACAUUAGUGCGUUGCCAAGGAUGCGUUGUUAAAGACUUGGCUGAGAUAUGACUGUCUUUAUGUUCUCAGCCACGUCUUUAACAAUGCAUCCUUGGCAACACACUAAUGUUCGUGUUGUAGAACAGUAAAUUAUAACAUACUCGCAAAUACGAGCAAGACUGUCACAGUUCACUGAAUUGUUGCCCUGGAUAUUUUCUGUCUUCUCAAUAAUCAAACAUAAGAAAUACUUAAAUAGUGAAUUCUGUAUUUGAAUACUGACCUCUAGAGUGGUUAACUGAGUACUGAGUACUAGAGCACCUGUGCACAUCCUUUAUGUUAACUUACAUCAAGUCCGUGGGCUAACGAAUGGCUUGUUGUCCGUUGGUUUGAAAUUUAGAAAUUUCAUGCUCAGUUUAUUCUCACCCUGAUAAGUCUAUUACACCCACAAUUAGCCCAAGAUUUUUUAUGGUUAACAUUCUUGUUAUGAGAUCAAACAGGCCCAGCCUCAAGCAUCGCUGGCAUAUUGUACCAAGAAGUUUGUUACAAAGAAUGUGGAGCAAUUUGUUAUGGCACCACCACCACCACUGCUACUGCUCACACUGCAGCUUCCACAUCUCUCAACGUUCUGUCACUGCUAUAGACAUAUAACAAGUUCUUGAAAAUUUCAUCUCUCUAAUAAAAGUUGGUAUUAAUUAUAAUAUAGCAUUAAUAAUUCUUGUAUGUGUAAAGCCUCUCCCAGCAAUGAAUAUUUAGAAAAAAAACUGUGUUAUAUUAGCAGUUACAGAAUUGUUAUUAAUAGUAGCAGUGACAGCCUUUGAAAGAUUAAAGAAAUAUUUAAAGAAUCACUAAAAGCUGUUUAGAAACCUGAUUUGUGCCUAAAGAAAAUACUAGGUUUGCCUUCACCUUUAUCCGUAUGUCCAUCCUGAAGCACUGACCACAUAUGUGAUGAGUCACAGCUAUUCGUGAUGUUUGACCGAGUACUCACCGAGCACUCAUUAGGAACAACAGAGAUUGGUCACUGCGAAGCAUAAAGCAGAACAUUCUGAGCUUUUCUAGUACUGUUCUACCUAGAAAUGCAUUAUUUUGAUGCAGUGGCCAUGCUCCUGAAUGAAACCAAUUACAAUAGAACCUUUCUGGAUAUUGCUGAGAAACAUUGCCGAUGGCAAUCACCAUGCAGAAUCAUUCACUGUCUUGUUACAAAUGUUGUUGUUCAGCAGUUAACAGAAUUAGUUUACAAUGACAUUGACUCUACUUGAAGUUGUCAAAGAGUAAGCUCAGAUACAUUUAGCAGCAGAAACACAGGCGUAAUGUUGGGCCAAGUUCCAGAUCAUUAUUCUAAAUGUGAAAAACAAGGGCAACUGGGGUAGAACACUAGAGAACAAAUUUAUUUCUAAUAGAAAGGAAUUUAGAGUCAGUGCCACAGUCAGUGGCAUGAGUGCUAAAUCCAAUCCUUUUAGGAGUAAAUGUGAUUGUAUCAAAAGCGUUUUGUAAGGCAGUGAACAGUCAGGAACAGACAGUAUUUUUGGUAUUUAUGGGAUGGAGCUUAGCCAAGGUACUACUAAAAAACAGUCUUCACUAUAUUAAAAUAAUUGAACAGCUCUUUUGGAAUUCCAGACCCAGAUGCUCAUUUAUCAUCGUGUAUUGUAGAUUGUUAAAAACUUUAUCAUUGUGUAUUGUAGAUGUUAGAAACAGCUACAGCGCAUGUGGGCCUCUUUAAAUGAUCAUCCAGUAUGGUUAAAAAGCCAUAAUAGAUUUUUGAGGACUGAAUUAGUUCAGACCUGUUCUAUUUUUUUGUAGAGUUGUACCAAUAUAGGAAUUCUGGCCUGAUGUCAAAUAAUUAUAUAUGUAUACUGAUUUGAAUUCUAUUUCCGAUAUAUAUGUAUUUAAAACAUACAGUGGGGUCCAAAGGCCUGAGGCAACUAGUGAACAUUAUUACAGAGAAAUACAAUUUGUAUACAGUUUGUAGAGAGUUAGAAAUACAAUAAAAUGAAUAUAAUGUAGGCAUUUUAUCAUUGCAGCCCAGUGUUGCCUAAAUAUUCAAUAUUUUUUAGAGUACAACAAAUUUGUCGUUGACGUCAGUACAGCUUUAAUUGUUCUUCAUUAUAACAAUACUGAUAUGAUUCCAAUGUCAUUGUACUACAUGUAUACUUGUUUACAUACACUAUCAUAAAUUUCCAUUAAUGAAACAGCUCAAUUGUUUGUAAGUUGCUGAAUGUAAUUUGGAACAUUUAAUGUUUUUUGUGGGGGGUUUAUUUGGUAUCUGCAAUGAGAAUUGUCACUGUUAGGUGCCUAAACAAUGACUGAUCCAAGUCAUUAGGCAGUGCCUACUUGUGUAAAGUGUUUUGAACCACCAGACUAAAAUCAAGUGAACAUGAACAACAGUUAGAGAUAACAAAAAUUACUGAUCUUUAGCAAAGCAAUUUUUUUUUUUAUAUUUAUUGCAUCUACACAGUAGAAGUUCAUACAACCAAGAUUCCAGUGCUCUUGGUCUAAUUAUAUGCUUCUUUAAUGCACAAUCACUGUUUAUUUGCUGAACUUAAUAAAUUGGAAGAAAUAAAACAAAAUAUGUGUGCUGUGCAAAGGUUAUGGCAAAUUUUAUAUUUUGUUGAAUUUUUUCCCAUAUGUUAAACUCAGCAAAUGAAUGGAAAGCAUGCAUUAAAAUGUGCAGAAAAAAAUUAUAUAUUCCUAUUUGUUACCAAAAGUCUAUAUAAAUUUGUAUUAACUUAUUUUCCCAUAGAAAAUCAACAAAACAUGUAAUUUGACCAGGAGUGUUUGAACUUUUGCAUAUGACUGUAAGCUUGGUUGCAUCUUCUCUCUUUAAAAAACUUUUUUUGACAUGAAAUUGUUUUGUACUGUAUCAGUGCUUGGAGUCUAAUGCAUGUUAGUUUAUGGUUACAUUUUUGACUUGUCUCAGUGGUUGCUUAGGUUUUUUUCUUUGUUCAAAAGGCACAUUGUAAAAGGAAUAAUUAUGGUUAUUCCUCAGUGUUUACAUUUUUACUCAUGUCAAAAGAGAUAGAAAAGCCAGUGUAAAGACUAAAAGACUUUGGUUGAAUGUCUGUGGUUUGGAGUGUCAUAGUAUAGCCCAAUCAGCUUUAUGAUCAAAUCAGCAUUUCGGAGUUGGAUGAAAUGAAACACUCAUUGCGGUUUCUUCCUUUGCUCAGCUGGAUGCUGUCCAUGCUCUGCUUCAUUUUUAGUUAAGUUUCACCAAAUGACAAAAAGUACAUCCUGUGCAUAUGGUGUCAUUUUACUGCUCAAAAACACAGUAGAACAAAGCUGUACAUAUUUGUGCAUUAACAGUCUCUUGCAGAAGUGGUUGUGUGAAUAUGUUACAAUAUAAGAUGUAGAGCAAUGUAUGUAUGUUGUACCAAAAUACAGUGUUUUUGAGAGUUUUGUAAACCAAAAACAAAAUACACGUGGACAUCAUUAUUAUAUAGCAUCAUUCAUGUGGUGAAUACUGUGUCAGUAUUGCAAAAAGAAAAUAUGUGGAGCCGGCUUUUGUAUAGAUGUCAUUAUAAUGUGUAGUUCCACUGACAUGUCAUUCGAUGAUAGUUAAUACUUCAUGCACUGCUUCUUUUUUUUGUAUAUAUUGUGUUGUGUGCUCAUAUUGAGUGUAGUCAGCGUAUGUUAUUGUGAAGCUUUUUGGCUUAAGAACAUGUUCAUUUGCAAAUAAAAAAAGCUCCACGCAAUCCUGAUAAUCAUUUAUAUGUGGAGAGAAGAAACAUAUGGCCGCUGUCACAUUAAAACUUUUUGUUUUGUUUUUUUGUGUUGUUGUUUUUGUUUGUUUGGUUUUUUUACACCAUGUGGUAACACCUCCUGCCCUUAACACAGUGCGAACAAAUUUCAUGAUGAGUAAACCAAUAGAAAAGUUGCAAAAGUACUUUUAAAUCUUACAUUGUGUUACAUUAAAAUGUAGGAAUGUUUUGUUUUUCCUUUUCUUAUAAAGUUAGAGCAUCUGUA